GCAGCUGGCGUUAGGUGUGUAUUUUAUCGGAUGUUUCCGACAAGUUUUAAGUAAGGUAGUGAAAGAAAAACAAAUAUCUGAUGGGUAUUUAUAGCCCCUUUAAUCCUCAUUUAUAAUUAAUAACGCAGACGGAGCAGCAAGGACGCGCUUCGAGCAUACUGGGUGGUGCUAGGACGGAUGCCGGACAGCCUGUUACUUCCCGCGAGCUAUAUCGUGAUGGCGGAGGCCGAGCCCGACCUAAGCACCUUCGAGAACAAGUCCGGCCUGGCGGAGGACAUGAAGUUCCUGGCGUCAAUGCCGGAGCUCUGCGAUGUCACCUUCCUCGUCGGCGACACGCGGGAGCCCGUGUGCGCCGUCAAGGCCGUGCUCGCCGCCAGGUCCAGGGUGUUCCACAAGAUGCUCUACCAGGUGAGUAGAGCAAGGUCCACAAAGAGGUCGCUGAGGAAGUCGAUGGUAGGAUCUAUGAAAGCCCCCAGUCCCCAGCGCAAAAAGGAACCACCUCCAAGAGAAAACAAACUCCGCCUUUUCUUGAAGAGGUCCUCUGAACCCCUGUUAAAUUUGCAGAAUGCUUCCCAACAGCCUACGUCACAGCAGCAUCAGACGCUCAUUAUUGAAGAGUUUGAGCCAGAUGUUUUCCGUCAAUUAAUAGAAUAUAUUCACACAGGAUGCGUUACUUUGCAGCCCCGGACCCUUUUAGGUGUUAUGAAUGCAGCAGAUUACUACGGCCUCGAUGAACUCCGCAGAGCUUGUGCCGGCUUUGUGCAGUGUUGCAUAAACGUUGACACAGUUUGCGCCCUCCUGGCCUCCGCUGAACGCUACAUACAGUACAAGUGCACAAAGUCCUUGGUUCAAAAGGUUUUAGAAUUCGUCGACGAACACGGAAACGAAGUUUUAAACUUGGGAUCUUUUACAUUGCUACCCCAGCACGUAGUCAGGCUGAUUCUGGCCAGAGAUGAACUGCAAGCCGAUGAGUUUACCAAGUUCCAAGCUGCUCUAAUGUGGGGCAAGAAGUACUGCGACAACAACCCGAGCACGAGCAUAAAGGACGUAAUAGGUAACUUCCUGGAAUACAUCCAGUUCCACAAGAUUCCCGCUAACGUCCUCAUGAGGGAAAUCCACCCGCUAGGAUUGGUGCCCUACAGUAUCAUUAUGAAUGCUUUAGCGUACCAGGCAGACCCGGCAAGUGUCGACCCCGGAAAACUGUCACCAAAUAGGGUAAGGCGGCAGGCCCAGGGCCGGUCCAUGUCGGUCCAGAGCUCUCUGGACCCCUACGGAUCCAACACGACCCUCAGCAGCAGCGCCUCCAGCGAGCUAGCCUCCUCGGAUGGCAAGCACUCCUCCAACUAACAUAAGGCCACUGCUGCGCCUCAACAACCGCCCCCCGUGUCCGUGUCCCCCUCCCCCAAGCACUACCCCAAGCAUCCCCCCACCGUCACCGUUUCGUCCUCUUCGCCUUCUUCGACUCCCCAGUCGUCGCCCGCUCACACCUUCACGUUCACUAUAGUGCUGAAGAAGGUCACUCCGAAGGAGUAAUGGGGAACUUUGGCUUGUUUCGAGGAAAGAAUACGUGCUUUACCUAGUAAAAAGUUCGAUAAUUUUAGAAAAUCUGCAUUUAGUAGGUAUAUUUGAUAAAAAAUAUAAAAUUGACCAAUUCGGUUUUCACAAUUUUUUUUACUGCAAGUGAUACUGUUUCAGCAGAUAACUGAUUUUAACAUUUAUAAUUUUAAUCAGGGUGUAACAGCGAUAUUUCAACAAACUUUUAUAGGCCAGGUAAAAGAGCUGCGAAAUGACAAUUUCGCGACUUUCUGUUUCGUCAAGCUGAAUUUAUCACUAUAGAUGCUAAAUAUUAUGUAUAAUAACAUAUUAGUUUCCAC